CUACUCCACUGUGAAGUAUUGAGCACUGACUGUAUGCUGACUCUCGUUUCAGGUGAUUACUUUUGAAAAAAAUAAGACAGAUAACUGGAUUUGUGACUGGACAGGUACCGACCGCAUCUCCCUGAAAGAAACACAAAAAUAAGACCACAGUCAGUGUCGAUGGACUUCUCUUCUUUAUCGGUUUCCGACACUAUAUUUAAUUCCACCUCUGGACGUUUUCUUUUUUCUCGUGUAUUUUUGUAUUUGCAAGAGAACGUCUGCCGGUCGCUUGUAUGUUUCGUUUUCAAUUUUUUGUACUGCAAUAUUGUACUUUUUUUUUUUUUUUUUACGGCAGGGUCAUUUCUGCAGAGCUUUGCAGUCACCGCCUGCCCUUGUUUUAGGAUCAAUUUAUUUCCGAGUUUCUGGAAUUAGGUUGUGGCUGCACUCAUGAAUUCGGAUAUCAAUAUAUACCUCGGUAAAGAAAGGUCCAUUAUAAUGAGAAAGAGAGCGAUGUUGCUGAGAAAGGGCUGCAGCUUUGAAAUAAGGAGCUCUGCCUCUGAAGAUCUGGGCUGCAGGCGUGGGGAAUUCAGCCGGAAACACUAUGGCUCUGUGGAGCUGCUGAUUUCAAGCGAUGCGGAUGGAGCUAUACAGAGAGCUGGGAGGUUCCGUGUGGAAAAUGGAUCUUCUGAUGAGACAUUUGAAAGUGCUUAUUCCUUGACAGGGAAAGACGCCCGUCUCUUUGUCUUCAGACUGAGUGCCAUCAAGAAAGGGUUGGAAGACAAACAGUUAGUGAGAAGCAAGUAUGACAGCAGAGAAAACAAACUUGAAAAAACAAAAGGCUGCCAUUUGUAUUCCAUUAACACACACCACAGCUCCGAGCUGCGGAUCGUAGUGGCCAUUCGGAACAAACUGCUCCUCAUUACCAGGAAGCAGAAUCGAGCAGGCAGCCUAACCAACAUCGCCAUGGUAACGACACCCCCCGAGUCCCCUGUCGAGGAGUUCCAGUACAUCAGGGAGAUCUGUCUAUGCGAUGCCCCUGUGGUGAUGGCCCUUGUAGAUGGUCCUACAGGAGAGAAUGACAACAAUAUCUGCGUGGCCUACCGACAUCAGUUCGACUUGAUAAACGAGAGCACGGGCGAGUCGUACAGGUUGCAUCACGUGGAAGCUAGCAGGGUAAAUUUCGUGGCUGCAAUAGAUGUGUAUGAAGACGGAGAAGCAGGCUUAUUGCUGUGUUAUAACUAUGCCUGUUCCUACAAGAAAGUUUGCCCUUUCAAUGGAGCGACCCCUAUGAUCCAGUCAUCUGCUUCUGAUUUCCACUUUAGCUGGAAUCAAGUUCCCAAUUCCAUAGUGUGUGCUUUCCCUUAUAUCCUGGCUUUCACUACCGACUCCAUCGAGAUCCGAUUAGUGGUGAAUGGAAAUCUAGUCCACACCGCUGUAGUGCCUGAACUUCAACUUGUCGCUUCGAGAUCAGAUAUCUACUUCACCUCCUCCACUGCGGUGAAUUCUGCCUCCAAUAGCAGUUCCAAGGAGCCCAGUUCACACAGCUCUCCACAGACCCCCACUGGCUAUGAGAUGCCCACCUUUCCCUCACCUUUAGGAGACGAUUCUAUUAGGAUCCCGUACGGAACCAAACUUUCCCUGUACAUGUCAAAAGAAGCUGAAGGUGAACUGCAGUCCAAACACAUCUACAAAAUCCCCCUCAGUAACCUGGUGGGCCGGAGCAUCGAGCGGCCCUUGAAAUCCCCGCUGGUUAACAAGGUCAUCGCCACGCCCACUUCCAGCGCCGUGGCUUCCACCGUCAUCCCUGCCACACACUCCCUGUCGCUUUCCCGCAUGGAGAUCAAGGAGAUAGCCAGUCGAACACGCAAGGAGCUGCUGGGCCUAACUGAUGAAACGAGCAACAAAUCAGAAGCGACACAAAAACAAAAAAAACAUGCCCGGAAACCGGUGGAGGGGGAAGCGAAGCCGGGAGCUGCGAGGUCACCCAGCAGCGACAGGAUCAUUCCCGGGUCUUUCGACACAGACUCCGACGGACCACGGCACUGCUCCACGAGUUCAGAGCCGGACACGGCAGGAAUCCCAGAGGAGAGCCCUGUCCUGACCAGCCCCUUCGUGCUAGCCACUUCCUUCGAGGAAGACAUUGUGGACUUGAAGUGAGGACAAUCCAGAGUCCCUUUCUUUUGUAUGCCUUCCUUCUCGGAAAAAGAUUCUUCACACACAUACACACACACACACACACAAGAUAGGAAUGUCACAAUGUGUUUCACUGGUUGUUAUUAUUAUCUGGGAAUGCUGCUGUGUUUGGGUUGAUAUGUAUUUAAAUAGCGGACAGACAGUUGUUAUGGUUUGUCUGUUAUCUCCUCUGUAUUUUUGAUACAAGUGUCGUGACGUCUUUUUCUGCAUCUCAAUGGCUUUUUAAAUUGCUAGCAAAUAGCAUAACUGAGAAAACAGGGUGGGUGUUGCACAGCAUUACUUCCAAUGAACCCGAAUGCUCCUCUUGUGUUCUCAUUGCAAGAAUGUUAAACGUCAAAUCAGACAGACAGCAGUGUCUACCUAUUUAAAAGGAUGAACCAACAGAAAAUUGAGGAAUUCAACAGCCAUUCUACCAUAUCGUGGUCUACUUUCAACGUUUUAAACACGUUUUAAAUUAAAGAAUUAUCUAUAUAGAAAAUUAUAUUGGAUUUUAAUACCACUGUAUUAUUAAGUCAAAACUAAUAAUCAUGUUACAAAUAUUUUUUUAAUGCUAAAAAAGCAUUUCCCAAAUAAUACUACACUGACAUGAAACAGGAUAGUGUACUGACUGGAAGUUGAAACAGCUGUACUGGGUAGCAGGUCAACAUCGCCUGUUUGAAGGGGUGAAGCAGUGCUGUUAAAUAAGUUGAAAAGCAGUGGUGGAGGGGAGAGGUAGCUGAAAGGUUUUACACACGCCCAGCUUGCCAUUCUUAGCAGCAUGCAUUUGAAAUCGUAGCCAUUAUGUACUGGGAAACUGGAUAAUAACUCCAGUUAGAACCUCAUUACACCCAUUCAGACAUACAGAAUCCAAAUGCUUAUUUAUCCCUGUGCUGGGAUACAUGUUUCCUGUUUAGCCUGAAAAAAGAUGAAUAAAGCCUUGAAUACUUCUGUUGGGGUUGGGUUGGGUUGGGGGGGGGGGGGUUGCAAGAUGAUGUUCCAAGUUGAAAGAUUUCUUGGAAUUCUCACGACACUAUUGUGGCAUUCCUACAGCGUGGCUACUGUUUCUGUAUAGUGCAUGUCUGCCUUGUCCCUUUUCUGCUCUUGCACUUGGAAACAAGCAACCACUUCUGUUUAAAUGUGAACUCUUGAACACUAUUAUGAGCCUUGAGAAAUAAAAGAAGAAAAAAACAAAUGGGAAUAUUUUUGCAGAAUUAUUUACUUGUUAUUUAUUAUUACGUACUGGUGAAUGGAAUACAUUCGUUGGUUAAAGUUUGUACAAUAUUAUUCUUUUUUUUUUGCUCAACCCUGUUUUGUUUUCUUGAGCACUAGACCUAGACUUUCAGCAGCGGGUUUGUACCUAAAUUAAUAUUUAUUGUUUAGACUGUUGCUGAACUUCUGUGAUAUUAAACAACAAAAACAACAAAAAAACACCAAGUGUCUUAAAAUAUAUUGUAUUGCCAUUGUUUUUAAUGCCAAGUAUUAACUGUAACUGUUUUGUGUUUCAAAAUGUGGCCUCAAAAGAAACUGAACUAUUAUUAUUAUUAUUAUUAUUAUUAUUAUUAUUAUUAUUAUUAUUAUUAUUAUUAUUUCUAUCAUUUUGACUAUUUUAAGUGCUGUUGACCACUGCUGUGAAGGUAGUUAAUUUUGUUCAUUGAUAUGAAAUAAAUAUUUAUGAAAUUUGA